GACCCACGCGCCCCAACCGCUCCGCAACAGCUGCGUCCACAGCCUGGACCCAGCCGGAGACUUUCGGCUCCCCUGCCCCAGCGCCGGCUGCUGUCCGGGGUCAACUGAAUCCCGCCUUCUGGCUCCCUGGCCCUGGCCACAACAUGGGCGACCUGGAGCUGCUGCUGCCGGGGGAGGCUGACGUGCUGGUGCGGGGGCUGCGCAGCUUCCCGCUGCGCGAGAUGGGCUCCGGAGGGUGGAACCAGCAGCAUGAGAACCUGGAGAAGCUGAACAUGCAGGCUAUCCUUGAUGCUACAGCCAGCCAGGGUGAGCCCAUCCAGGAGCUGCUGGUCACCCAUGGGAAGAUCCCAACACUGGUGGAGGAGCUGAUUGCAGUGGAGAUGUGGAAGCAGAAGGUGUUCCCUGUGCUGUGCAAGCUGGAGGACUUCAAGCCCCAGAACACUUUUCCCAUAUACAUGGUGGUACACCACGAGGCCUCUAUCAUCAACCUUCUGGAGACAGUGUUCUUCCAUAAAGAGGUGUGUGAGUCAGCAGAGGACGCUGUCUUGGACCUGGUAGACUACUGCCACCGAAAACUGACUAUGUUGGUGGCCCGAAGUGGCCGUGGCAGCCCUCCCGAGGAGGAGUCUCAGGAGAGCACCCCCAUUCAGGAGCUGCAGAAGCAAGCAGAGCUGAUGGAGUUUGAGAUCGCAUUGAAGGCCCUCUCAGUGCUGCGCUACAUCACAGACUGUGUGGACAGCCUUUCCUUGAGCACCUUGAACUGCAUGCUCAGUACCCACAACUUGCCCUGCCUCCUGGUGGAACUGCUGGAACACAGUCCCUGGAGCCGACAGGAAGGUGGCAAGAUGCAGCAAUUUGAGGGUGGCCGUUGGCAGACAGUGGCCCCCACAGAGCACCCAAAAUUGAGCAAGUUGGAUGGGCAGGUGUGGAUCGCCCUAUACAACCUGCUGCUAAGCCCCGAAGCCCGGACCCGCUACUGCGUCACCAGCUUUGCCAAGGGACAGCUACUCAAGCUUCGGGCCUUCCUCACAGACACACUGCUCGACCAGCUGCCCAACCUGGCAGACCUGCAGGGUUUCCUGGCCCACCUGGCCCUGACGGAAACCCAGCCCCCAAAGAAGGACUUGGUGUUGGAACAGAUCCCAGAAAUCUGGGAGCGGCUAGAAAGAGAGAACAGAGGCAAGUGGCAGGCUAUUGCCAAGCACCAGCUGAGGCACAUAUUCAGCCCUUCAGAGCAGGACCUGCGACUACAGGCACGAAGAUGGGCUGAGACCUACAGCCUGGACGUCCUAGAGGCAGUAACCCCAGAGCGGCCCCGCUGUGCCUACUGCAGUGCAGAUGCCUCCAAACGGUGCUCACGGUGCCAGAAUGAAUGGUAUUGCUGCAGGGAGUGCCAAGUCAAGCAUUGGAAGAAGCAUGGAAAGGCUUGUGUCCUGGCAGCCCAAGGUAACAGAGCCAAGUGAAAGCUGCAGCUGCUGAGGGCCAAGCACCCAUGCCCUACAACCCACCCCCAGUGUGCCCUUGAACCUCUCGAAACCUCAGCCAGGGCUCCAGCCUCCCAGGUGGUGAGCAGAGCGAGCGCCGCGAGGUAGUGAGCACAGCGAGCCCAGCAAGCUGCUGACCCAUCUUCCCCAGUAAAGGCUGCUCGCUUCCUGCCCUACCCUGCGGGUAGGCUGAGGGUGCUGCCUCAGCAGCUGGAGCGGGAGGCCUGGGCGAGGCAAGACAAGGGCCGGAUGUGGGGACCCUGUGCCUCUAGCACAGUAAAGCUAGUCUCUAGAAACA